AUGUCUCCAAAUAAGUGGGAGAAGACCAAAAGCAUCUCAAAAAAGGGCUUCGACAAAGCAUGGGACACCGUCGACAAGCUCGGCGGCCCCGUCAACCGUCUAUCGCAUAAGCUGGGAUCCGAAGCCUUCUGGCCCAUGACGAUCGACAAGGAAGCCGACAAGGCCGCGCGCAUCCUACGCAGCUUCUGCAAAGACGGCUUCUAUGCUCCCGAUUCCUCAACCGGCACUGAUGAGAAGGGCAAGAUCAAUCGCCCCAAGGGCAAGCAGCGCGUUAUCAAGAAGAUCCCAACACAAGUCGUCAAAAAUGCCAAGGGAAUCGCCAUCUUCACGACUAUGCGCACAGGUCUGUGGGUGAGUGGCUCUGGCGGUAGUGGCGUGUUGAUCGGUCGCCUCCCCGAGACCGGCGCAUGGAGCCCACCAUCUGGUAUCAUGCUACACACAGCCGGGAUAGGCUUCCUCGCUGGCGUUGACAUCUAUGACUGCGUGGUAAUCAUCAACACAUAUGAGGCGCUUGAAGCAUUCAAGAAAUUCCGCUGCACCCUCGGCGGCGAGAUCAGCGCAACCGCGGGGCCCGUAGGUGUGGGUGGCGUCCUCGAAUCCGAGGUGCACAAACGACAAGCACCAAUUUGGACAUACAUGAAGAGCAAAGGGCUAUACGCAGGUGUCGCAGUCGAUGGCACGAUCAUCAUUGAGCGAACCGACGAGAACGAGCGCUUCUACGGCGAGCGCAUAUCCGUCGACGAGAUUCUCUCCGGUAAAGCCCGGCAUCCACCCCGCGAGCUCGAAACCCUCAUGCAAACAUUGAAGGCCGCGCAGGGCGACUCUGACGUUGACGAGAGUUUGGUCCCGCCACCGGGCGAAACACCUGGCGAUUUGGAGCUGACGGAAGACGGACAACAUGUCUUCGGCGUACCGGCUGUGGACGAUCCCGAUCCGUAUGGAGUGAAGGCGCUGGAGGCGGAGGGGCUUUUCAUCCGCGAGGCCGGUACAAAAGUAAGGCCAAGCCAUGAGAUAUUUGAAUUUCGACCCAACUUAGACAGUCCGAUUUAUAGCACGUUUUCUCGGCGCAGCAUGGAUAGCUCGCCGCGCAAUAGCUGGCGCGCGAGUGUACAGAGCUCCAGGAGUUAUGCUAGUGUCGACCGUGGCACGCAGACGGAUGAUACCCUGCCAACUGAACCCACCUCAGUGAGCCGUGCGUCCUCUCGCAGCGCGAAGGGAUCGUCUAUUGGCCGUCCAUCGAUGAAUACUUGGGAUGAAAACGAGGACUCUCACUGGGAUACAAUUGAUAUCCACGGCGGGGAAGAGCAGGUGGUGGUCCGCCAAUUGGAGGACCAGGAGGCGGAGGACAGGAGAGCGAAAGCGAACGCCUGCGAAGAUGCACACGAGGACCCCGAGUUUGAGGAUGAAGACGAGCACUUUGAGGUCCACGAGGUUGGAAAUGCCAUGGUUACUCCAAGGGAGAGUGUCCCGCCCUCGCCCACGAAGGUGGAGGACCAGACAACAGACCGUGACACCAAGCCUACGUCGCCGAGCUUCACCCGAGCUCGUCUGGUCACAAUCCCGGCGCGCACCCCACCUGCCUUGCCUCCGCGGCACCCACGCCACCUCCCGGGCUCUGGCUCAAGCCGUGCCUCGACAUCGCCUACGGCGCUCUCGUAUUCAAGCCAUAACACCUCACCCACCGACGUCACCGAGGCGGCGGAGAAUCUGGAACAAUUGAAUGAAUCCCCCCGCGCGCUUCCAUCCCCGGAGAAGGCCAAGAGAUCUCGUGGUAUUCUUGCCAUGAGCGAUGAUGAGGAGUUUGUUGACACGAAAUCGGAGCCCCCGACCGAGAAGGACGAGUUCCACUCUGUCAACGGCGAGUCGGAGAUUGAGGAUAAUAUCAUUACCCUUGAAGACCACACUGCCACCGAGGCCGCCGAACAGGAGAGCAAGACGGGCAAGGAAGACGAGCAGGAACUUGAACCUGAGCAAUCUCCUCGACUUGAAAAGUCUCCCGAUGUCCCCAAGCUUGCACCCAAUAUAGAGGAUACCCCGGAGGUGGAAGUGAUCCUCGACAAAAUCGAAGCCAAGCUUGAAGCCGAGAUCAACCAGCCCGAAGGGCAGAAGUCUGAAAAGUCAUAUUCAGAUAUCCUUGCUGACCGUGAAGAACACGAAGAGUCCCCCGGCGGGACUAAAGUCGAUACCACCUUGCCCCACGCUAGGGCUGAGUGA